UAACGUCAUCUUUGCGUGGCAGUGCUGUUUGUGAGAUGACCGAACGGAAGGUUUUGAACAAGUACUUUCCGCCAGACUUUGACUUUACUAAGAUUCCGAAGCUUCACCUUCCUAAAGACCGUCAGUAUGUUAUUCGUAUUAUGGCGCCCUUUUCUAUGCAGUGCAACACGUGUGGCAACUACGUGUACAAGGGAAAGAAGUUCAACGCUAGAAGGGAGACGGUACAGAACGACACGUAUCUGGGACUGCGAAAAUAUCGUUUCUAUAUUCGAUGUCCCGGAUGUAUAUCUGAGAUUGUGUUCCGAACGGACCCGGAAACGACGGAUUAUGUGUGUGAAGGAGGAGCAACGAGGACGUUUGAAGCACAAAAACUGGCAGACGAAGAAGACAAACGUCUUGAUGCAGAGAGAGAAGAAGAAGAAAUGAGCAACCCAAUGAAAGCACUUGAGAGUCGAACAAAGGAAUCGAAGAGAGAAAUGGACAUUCUAGACGCUUUAGAAGAGAUCAAAGACCAGAACUCACGAUUUGUCAAGGUGGACCACGAGGACAUGCUCUCAAAAAAUCGAGAAUUUGAAGAGAUGCUCCUGAAGAAAGCAAAUGAAGAAGAUGAGGCCGAAGUCCAAGCCGUUUUUGGUACAGACUCUAAGUACAUUAGAAGGAUAAAGGAUGAUUCAGAUGAUGAAGAAAGAAUCUCAAAGAAGGCCAGUGAUCCUAUAAAGAAAGCAACCGAUUUGUUGACCAGUAGAGACAACGAUGAAGAGCCGUCAGCAAAGAAGGCAAAACUAGAGGAGAAAACGUUGGGAUCUAUGAGAACGCUGGGAGUUCUGGUGAAGAAAAAGGUCAAACCAGAGUUGAGUAAUGGAAGUGAACAGCCUGCAGUUGGGUUGAAGCAGCAGGGAGCUCCAGCUUCAGGGUUGAGUUUACUUGGUGGAUACGAAGGCAUCAGCAGCAGCAACAGUGAGAGUGACAGCAACGAGUAACAACUGACAUUGUUUAAUCGUCUAAACUGAUUACGCACAUGUACAUAUCAAAAUUUAAUUAAAUUAGUUAAAUUUAGAUUUUUAGUUACCGCGUGGUAAUCAAAUAAAUA